CGCGACAUCUGCACUGUGCCUUCAAAGUGACUGUCAGUGGAGAUCAAGCUUUCAUCAAGGCGCAGCAUUUUUUCUUUUUAAUUUCAAACUGCUGUCAGAAAUCACUUUCGACCGCUUUGCCAAUAGAAUAUAAAUGAAGCAGGAACUUUCUGAAUACGAAAAACAGCGCCAAGCGAACAUAGCUCGUAAUCAGCAACUUUUGCAAGAGUUAAGGGUCCCCAAUCUGAUCGAUCGGUCUCAAUCACCAAAAAAGAAAUUAGUCAAACAACAUGUACCAAAGAAAGUGAAGAAGGAGAUAGCUCAGCCUACCCGGGUUUCUGCGCGUCUUCGAGGAAUUGCAGCAGACAAUGAAGACCAUAUCAAACGUCAAGCGCGAGAUCAAUCCGCCGAAGCACCCAGCAAUAAAGCACGAAAGAUCGAGAAAUUGGAUCAAUCGGAUGAAAAAGAGUUUCUCGCUUUGUUAAAUACUGUCCGCAAGAUUCCUAAUACAGAACCUGUGAAGCGAGAGAUGACGAAUCAGAAAGCUUCGACGUGCGAAUUAUCAAAGCUGACAUCAACGUUAUCCAUCAAACACAUCUGGGCCACGGUCAAAGUCACGCAAGAAAGAAUCAACUGCAGCGUAUUUCAUCCUUCAAAUACGAAAUUGUUAGCUUGCGCAGGAGACGUAUCAGGCUAUCUGGGAUUCUGGGAUGUGGAAGGAAGCAAAGAAGCAGAUGAAGCUGGUGAAGCGGAUCCCGUUGUCUACAUGUAUCGACCUCAUACUCGAACAAUUACGGACUUAAAGUUUAACCCUGCCAAUCCCUCCAAACUGUUCACAUCGUCGUAUGAUGGAGUUUUGCAGUGUUUCGACAUGGAGCAUGCAUCUUUCGAAGCUGUUUCCAUGGGGUUAGAAAGUUUCCCAUUCACAAAUUUCGAUAUUACGAAUGACGGUCGUACAAUUUGGUUCUCUACGUCCGAUGGUGAACUUUGCAUGAAAGAUUUUCGCUCUCGGGCCGACCCAUCGAUUUUUCAACUGAGAGACAAAAAGAUUGGCUGCAUCGAUCUUCACCCAACAGAUCAAAAUUUAAUAGCCUUGGCCAGUAAUGAUCGAACUGCCACAAUCUGGGAUAGUCGCAUGUUAACCGGAAACAAAGCGGCACAUUACGAACCAGUACAUGAAUUUGAACAUGGAUACUCUGUGACAAGCGCAUAUUGGUCUCCCCUAGGUAACAAAUUGGCAACUACAUCAUAUGACGAUUACAUCCGAAUAUUUGAUAUGCAAAGUCCGAACGAGAUGACACUACAAUCUGCGAUAAAGCAUAAUAAUCAUACAGGGAAAUGGGUCACCAAUUUCCGGGCAAGGUGGAAUAAAAGUUCGGCAACAGCAGCUUUGGACCAUCAGCAUUUCGUUAUUGGAAGCAUGAAGCAUCCAUUGGAAAUCUACUCGGGUGAAAAUGGCGAGGAAAUCGCGACAUUGUACGAUGGGGACCAUAUCACUGCUGUACCUGCUGUGGCGCAGUUUCAUCCAACUACACCGACAAUUACAUUGUUGGCCGGCAACGGAAGUGGACGCAUGGUAUGCUGGAAUUAAUACUGUCAUAGUUGG